AUCAGUUAGUUGCUAGUGGGCCAGUAACACGGAACCUGCUUCAGUGGGCAGUGGGGGAAAUACCUGCCAGCAUGCUGUCUACAGAUCUUCGACAUAACCAUGUUGGCGUGGGCACCAGGAUUGUAGGUGUGGUACAGGGGUACCGGCCGCAGGUGGACUGGGGCGGGGACUCCGGGUCACCCACCAUCGUGGUGGGAGGGCACAACGUGAGGGUAGCCACCUCUGGCUGGCGGCGACGGUGCCUCUACAUCCUCCUGUUGGCACUCCUGGCACUCUCCGUCAUCAACCUCUCCCUCACACUCUGGAUCCUCAAGACUAUCCACUUCAAUGUGGACGGCAUGGGUCAGUUGCACGUGGUGGUGGGCGGGGUGAGGAUGCAGGGCUCCUCCAGGUUCAUGGAGAAGAUCGCAGCCUCCAGCAUCAUGAGCAAACGAGGGCAGGACUUACCAGUAAAUGGCUACCACAACCUGACCAUCCUCACCGCGCCCUUCUUCCCCUCACACUCCUCCACUUCAGAGAACCAUCUCGCGCCUGAUAAAACAUUCCUCCCCCAUCAGGCUGCUUUCCUCCACCUCAAUGUCGAAGGCGCGCUGGCCGGAACGAAGAGGUUCACUGUUCGCGGGCUGCACGGAGACUCCCUGUUCGAAUCCUCAUCAAAUGGGUCUAGAGUGGGCGCAGAGAGACUCACCGUCACAGGCCAUGGAGGGGCGGAGUUCUCUGGGACCAUUCAGACUCCUCUCUUGUACUCCCAGGGCGUCCACGAGCUUAGGGUGGAGAGCGUGACCAGGGGCGUGGAGGGCCACGCUGCUGACGAAGUCAGAGUCGAAGCCAGGGAUGGGGACAUCUCCGCCACCUCCCUAAAGCAAGCCUCGCUCGUCGCCCAGAUGGGGGUAAUCAGAUUAGACAAUCCUAAUAUCUUCAUGCCCAAGUUACCGGCUCGCGGCCACCUGCAGGAGGCGACGACGGAGGAAGUGAUGAGGACUCCUGCCACCUCCAGCCCGCCAGAGACCCAAGUUCCGGCGCCUGAGAGAGCGAGGCCGCCCACAACACCCAUCCCUCCCCUCGACGCCCAUGCCUCCACGCCCGUCCAGGUCUACCAGGUGUGUGUGUGCCCUAGUGGACGCCUGUUCCUGGUCACCGCUGCCUCCGCCUGCGUCCCCGACGACGACGUCUGUCGCUAGCUAAACUUUCGUGGGGACACCUCGCUCUUCCACCAGUAUUCUUAGCCUUCUCUUCCUCCCACGUCUCUUCCUCCCAUGGCUCUUCCUCCCACAUCUCUUCCACCCACUCCUGCCACGAGAUGAAGACCUGUCAACCUGCAGAGGACGUCGUUCGUCAUCGGAAUUAAGACAUUUUUUCUUGGCGGGAAUUGUGGCGUUGCGUCCUGUCGCAGAGGAGGACACCGCACCUCGCUGAGAACUGUUUAAGCGAGUACUCCUGCUGCCUCGGCUUGCUUGGUUAUGCUGCUUCUGGCUUCCGUCUGCUGCCUCGUCUUGAUUUAGGCAGGAGGUUGCCUUCGUCUGCUACCUCUUACCUUCGUCUGCUGCUUCAUACCUUCGUCUGCUGCCUCUUCGUCUGCGUACAGGGUAAUCAGUAGAAAGGGCUAAGUCAAUAGCAGGUAAUCGUUCGAGGGGGGUCUUCUCUCCUCAUCUUCAAUAUAAACAAAGCUGUAACUUGUAUCUAGGAGUUGUACUCCACCUCCUGGUCCUCCACAUCUCAGCAUCACUCCUUUCAAGCUGUCUCUACCUCCUUCAAGAAGCCUUUACCCCUUCAAGAUAACCUUCCCACCACCCAAGUGUUCACUGGGCUCACUCACACUAGAGAAAUUAAUGCGAUCUUGUCACACUGCAAAGGAGAUGAUAAUGGUAUGGUAAUCGUCAGUAGAAAGGGCUCAGGUUAGUAUGACUACACAGCACUCUGAAGAGAUGUGAGGACAAGACGGAUAGAUAGGACGGAAGGGAGGAAUGGUGUCCAACCAAUUGGACCUUCGGGGAUGGAACGCCGACCAGCAAGAAGCGAGGCCGUCGCUGUACCAACCAGUCCAAGUGUUCCAAACGUUGCUUGGAUCUGGGGAUUGAAAUGGCGUAUUCAAAAAGCUUAUAAGAAGUGUAUUGAACAUUCGUCGAAUGCCGACAAGGUCUAAUCUUUCACAUAUAAUGGCUUUCCAUUAAUAAAACAAGUGUAGGAUUUGUUUAAUAAAACACUUCUUAAGGUCUCACAUGUAUGUGCUUAUGAGAAGAUAAGAAUAAAUGACUACCCUAGGCCUAUUGACCCAUACGAG